AUCUCUCCCCCCCACCCCGCUGCCGAUCCACCCCCAUGCCCAAACCCUAGCCCCCCUCCUCCGCCCCCGGCCACCUCCGCCACCCUCCGGUAGCCGGCCAUGGAGAACCUCUUCAUGCAGGUCUUCGGGCGCCGGGACUGGGUCACCGGGCAGAUGCGCCAGCAGGUCGACUCCCACGCCGAGUCCCUCGCCUGCGCCUUCCUCGCCGCCGGCCACCGCCCCCCGCCGUGGCUCCUCCCCUCCUGCGCCGCCGGUCCGCAAGAGCUAAAUGGUAAACCAAUUGUUCCGGGGUUACUUUUCGCUGGAAGCCAGAUUACUACACCAGCAACCAACAGAACUGUCUUUCAGCCACCAGCUGUGCCUAGUAUUUCACUCAGAAAUGUGGUGGUUCCAGAUGGAUAUGCUGGUCUAGACACUAUUUGUGACACCGUGGAUACUAACCAACAUGAAGUGCCUCAGCAAAAACAGGUUUCAGUUGACCAGGAGAUUGUUGAGGCUAGUUCUGAUGUCAACAUGUUCUCUGUGGUAAAGCGUUCCAGGUCAAGGCAGCGGCAUAUUGAAGAUCGCUCGCGUGAGAAGGGUCAAGCUACAAAUAGUGAAACCAGUGAUGUUAUGCAAGACAGGAUGCAGAGGUCUGAACUUGCAACUGCAGGUUCGAACAAAACAACUGCAUCAUUAUCCUCCAAACCAUGUGGUGAUGGUGAAAACAAUGCUGGAACAAUGGCCUCUUUGCCAGGUCAGGAGAAAGGUUUUUAUGCCAACCAGGAUAGAUCAACUGAAUUCGUCAAGUGCAGUAAAGAUGGUGAUCUUGGAAAUCAAGGAGUUCAGUUAGAUUGUUCUCAAAACCAGAUUGUCAGUUAUGAUAAUAAUGUCAAGGUUUCUGUUAGAAGUUCUUUUGAAGUGCAAGUUACAAGCAGUGUGUGCCAUGCACUCCCUGAAACUUAUCUGUCGGUAGAGCCGAAAAAACUUCAAUUUGAUGGUGUUGAAUCAGUUUGCAUGAAUUCUGCAAGUGAACAGACGAUGCAGCAACCAGUAUGUGCUCUGGAAGGUGCCAAUCUUGAUCUUGCUGAGGCACAUCCCUUAAAUGAAGACCCAUCUUCUACCAGCUAUUCUCAAGUUCCUCGUUUUAUGGGCAGAUUAUUGCUUGAUGGUGUGGAAUCAGGAUAUUUGAACCCUGACAGUGCACCAGUGAAACAGCAGCAGAAAAGUGCUUUGGAAUGUGCCAUUCUUGAUCUUACUGGCGUGCAUUCCGGGAAGGAGGACCAAUCUCCGACCACUUUUCUUGAAGUACCUAAUCCUACCAGCAUACUAUUGGUUGAAAGGGAUACACUGCACACUGCAGAAGAUACUGAAAGACUAACGAGACCUGACAGUUCUUCAGAUCGGAUCAUCACUCGGAGUUCUGUGUCUUUUGAACAACAGUGCUCUGAUUCUCAUGUUUCACAUCCUCCAUACAGUAAAACUUUGCAGUCACCUACCCAACUAGGUGAUACUAUUUUUGGGGCUCCUGCAUCAUCACAAAUAUUGCCGGACAGUCUGUUAGAGGAGGCCGACAGUGAGGACCUCCCACAUUCACCUGUAAUUGAGGUGGAUAACCAAUGCUCCCAAUUGGAGUCCGCUGAAUGCCCAGAGCAGCUUCAACUUCAGACUGUAGAAGAUACUGAAAGAAUAAUGAGACCUGACAGUUCUUCAGAUCAGAUCAUCACUCGGAGUUCUGUGUCUUCCGAACAACAGUUCUCUGAUUCCCAUGUUUCACAUCCUCCAUACAGUGAUACUUUGCAGUCACCUACCCCACUAGCUGAUACUAGUUUUGGGGUUCCUGCAUCAUCACAAAUAUUGCCGGACAGUCUGUUAGAGGAGGCCGACAUUGAGGACCUCUCACAUUCACCUGUAAAUGAUGUGGAUAACGAAUGCUCCCACUUGGAGUCCGCUGAAUGUCCAGAGCAGGUUCAACCUCAGACUAUAGAAGAUGCUGAAAGAAUGACGAGACCUGACAGUUCUUCAGAUCGGAUCAUCACUCGGAGUUCUGUGUCUUUCGAACAACAGUGCUCUGAUUCUCAUGUUUCACAUUCUCCAUACAGUGAAACUCUGCAGUCACCUACCCAACUAGCUGAUACUAGUUUUGGGGCUCAUGCGUCAUCACAAAUAUUGCUGGACAAUCUGUUAGAGAAGGCCGACAGUGAGGACCUCUCACAUUUACCUGUAAAUAAUGUGGAUAACCACUGCUCCCAAUUGGAGUCUGCUGAAUGCCCUGAGCAGCUUCAACCUCAGAGUAGUCCUUUGGGUGACGCUUACAAAACAAGCCUCUCUCCUUAUGAAAUACAAAGUAAUGACACACAUUCCAAUGGUUGUGCUGUUGUAAAUGUCUCUGUAUCUGAAGAAAAUCACUUAUCUCAGGAGCAACAUUUGUUGGCCAGAACAUCUUUAGAAUUCAAGGAGACCGAUGUGGAGACUCCCUUUGGCCCUGCUUCCCCGGUCACACAAAAUGAGACGCUCAAUGGGAAGGAUGCGGUCAACUGCCAUUCAGGAAAGUUGGGUGAUGUUCAGGUAAAAUUGUCAGCUUUGACCAAAGCAUGCAACAUUUCUGUCAGCAACAAAAAAGACGAGUGUGCAGUGCCAGAAGUUAUGAGCAGUGCUUCAGCUAGGAGAACCAGCGAAAUGCACUCAACUGAAAGGAACAGUAUGCCUUCGGCCGAAGAUCUGCAGCAAAAUGGAACAGAACAAAAGACCUCUUUUCUUGAGAAUGCUGUUAAAGAAAAUGUUAAUUCAUGUACAGCAGAAAACGAUAAACUUAAAUUUUCACAACCUUCUGUUCAGUACUUCUUACGUAGUGCAGCAUCACAUGAGAAAAUUAAUCUGCUCAAGUCAGACAGAAGCAGUGCUGCUUGUGACCAGAAGAGGUCUGUUCAAGAUGGAGUUAAAGUAAAUGAUAGUUUGUCAUCUAAAAGGAGAAGAAUAAGGCGUCGAUCAGACUUUGACCUUUCCAGGACACCUUGCACAAAUUCAUUGUCUCUGAACCAACAAGUUGACAUUGCUGGUCCUAUGUUAACUGCGACAAAUUUCUCGGAGAAAUCCCAUCCUUCGAGUCCUUACUUCUCAAGGAGUUCAGGAUCCUGCAAGAGCAUGUCUCUGGUGUCAGAGGGGGGAAAUGUUGCAAGUGAUGUUUAUGGAAAUGGGAAUUCUUCAUGGGGAAGAAGAAAUGCAACUAGCCUAUUAAAUGUUGUCCUUGAUAACUCUCCUACUGCAAGCACCAGCAGGAGUGCAUUGGAGGGAAGGAUCUUCAAAACUUCUCAAGAACAGAAACAAAAUAAGUUGGAAGUUGACUUUCUGACAACGACUGCUGCUUUGCCUUAUUGCUCUGGCAUCCUAUCUCAUAACGAGGAAAACUGCACACAACAGGAAGGUACUUGCUUAGAAGGUCAAGACCUAAAUGUCACUGCUGCAAGUGUGGCAGACCAGGAAAUGGCUCUUGAGACGGAUAACUUAUCAUCUCCAAUUGCAAUAUUAAAUCAAGAAAAUUAUUCUGGAACGGAACCAUUUACUCAAUUCCCGAGUUAUGCUUUAGAUCAACAUGGUGAACAAGCAUCUGCUCCGAAUGCACUGUUUCAUGGGAAAUUAUGUUAUGGAUCCAAUGUUAAACGUGGUAGGAUAUAUAAAAGUUAUGAUCCAAAGGGACAUUUGCUGCCUGGUGCUGCUAUUUCAAUGCCAGUAUUCGAGAGAUUUGAUGUUCCUGGCCAGUUUGACAGCCCAAUUAUUGGAAAAAGGUCAUUUGAGUCCCUUCAUGAUUCUUGCCAAUUAGGCACCAUCAGCUCAGGUCCUCCAAACAAGUAUAAUACCAACACAGCGAGUAGUUUGCAUCAGCUAUUGACAACUAUGUCACCAAGAAACAGUCGCAGCGUUAUGGGCUCUUUCGGAUAUGGAUCGGAACUUGAUUCGUUUUUCAUUUCUGACGACGUAGCCUCGUGCUCUUCAAAUGCUAGCAGCAGACAAGAGAUUAAUGAAACUCCGUUGACUCCAUCAGUUGAAAAAUAUAGCCUCCAGAAAAUUUCAUCAAGAUGUGGAUCUGGUUCAGAACAUAUGGGUUCUAUUCCUGAACUUAAAAUCUUCCGAAUUGAUGAAGAUAACAGUAUUCUGGAAGAAGAUGAGUACCAAGACAUGGCUCCUGGAUCUGUGGAUGUGAAUUACUCAUGCCAGCGGUCCUCUGAGAGAACAGCACUUCAGGAUAUUACUGGAUUAUGUCAAAACAAUGGAAAUUCUCCAUCUCUUUCCAUGAGAUGCAUGGAUAAAGGUAACAGCAUAGGCUUGAGUGCAGAAUCUGUCAGUCGUGAUCUCACUCAUCAUUCAAAUAUAAAAAAUGAUAGCAUUAAGCGAAAAUACAAUCACCCUACUUCAGUUAAGAGAGAAGGGAAAGCAUCCCGUUCUCUUCAUGGCAGAUUAGGUACGACAGAAAUAAUCAGUAGCACAAAUGGAAGACACAGGAGUGAAGCAAAUGUUGAAAAACAAGGCACGGCAGAACUAAAGAGCAGAAAUGGAAGACACAGGAGUGAAGCCAAUGUUGAUAGACAAUCUAAGCCUAGCAAUAUUGUUGCCAAUGUGACAUCUUUUGUACCUCUUGUAAAACAAAAGUUGCAGUCUACAACAGUGUGCGUUAAAAAAGAUGUUAAGGUGAAGGCACUUAAGGCAGCUGAAGCUGCAAAACGUCUUGAAGAGAAGAAACAAAAAGAGCAAGAAAAACGCAAAGCGGCUGCAAAAGCAGAGCGUGAAAGACUGAAGCAAGAGAAGGAAUUAAAACAAAAACUUGAAGAGGAGCAAAAGAAAAAACGGGAAGUUGAUGCGGCCGCUAAGAAGCGGCAGAGGGAAGAAGGAGAAAAGCGGGAAACAAUGAAAAAAAGAAAAUGCAUGGAUGAAGCUCGAAAGCAACAGAAGCAGCCUAUGGAUAAACAACGAGGCAUGAAGGAUGAGAAAGAUGCUCGUCAAAAAGCUUCUGAUAAUAUGGAGCCAAGGAAGAAUUUGGUUGAUGUAGGCAAAAGCCAAGUUAGAUCUGACGAGGCUACUGAACAUGCCCUUCGAUACAAGGCCAAUGAAAGAAAGGAUGAGAAAGGUGUUGCAGUAGAUGACAGGAAUGCAAGUUUUGGAUCUGAUGCUAAGGAAAAUACCCUGAACAGUCUUGAGGAGUCCUACACAAUGACUCCGUAUAAAGAUUCUGAUGAUGAGGAUGAUGAUGAUUACGACGAACAUGAACAAGAAGCAAGGCGCAGAAGGAAAUUUGUUCCUUCUUGGGCUCGAAAAGAGAACUUGGAUAAUAUCUUACUAUCCAAUAAAACAUUAGACCCUAGAGAAAUAUUUGCACGGAAGCUGUCCUUCAACAUACCUGAAGUCCUUUCGGCGCCCGUUCCUCAGCGCGGCUUAAGAUAGCCUUCCAUUCCAUUUGAUGAAGUAGUGGUAAUAUGCCAAUGUAGUAGUGGCAGUCAGUGAUGUGUAUAAGCUGACCAGCAAUCUCUUUUGUAACCUGUAAGCUAGGAAUGAUCUAUGUAGGAGAACAUGGCUGUACCACUUGACUACUUAGCUAGCAUCGAUCAUUGCUUGGCGAAGUUAUAGUUUGUUUAUAACGGCUUCCGUCACAUUAUUUCUUGACGGGGAUUGAGUAUGUAUCAGAGUGGCAACAUGUGUAUUAAUUGAGUAUGUAACAGGAAA